GUCGUGUGCGGUUGUGGAUUGAUUUUUUAGGUUACACGUUGAACAAAAAUUCAUUUUAUUUUCAAAGAAACCGUAAGAUUAAGUAUGUCUGCAUCACCAAUUGCACGGCAAGCCACCCAAAGCCAAAAUAUACCUUCAAAACGAAUCGUAAUCAAUGAUCCCAGUCAAUUACCUGCUGAUUAUUCAUCCACCCCUGGUGGAACACUUUUUUCAACUACACCCGGAGGUACUCGUAUAGUUUAUGAACGUGAUUUCUUAAUGAAUUUACGAAAUUCUCCGAUAUCGCGGACACCACCGCGAAAUAUGCCAUCCAUACCAAUAGAAUUAUUGAAAAAUACACCGCCGAAUCCUGCAGUACCUGCAAAACUUCAAAUUAACAAGGAUUCUCCAGUAAUUGAAGAAACUGCAGAACAAUUUGAGAUGGACAUGUAAAAAUUGUAAUUAUGAUAUAUUCACAUUGUGCCAAUCAUUUAUAUGAAUAGUAACAAUCAAUAUAACCAGCAAAAAUAUGUUAGCAAUAUAUCUUUUUGUAUAAACAUAUACCAACA